GGGGGGGGGGUUUAGGAUAGACGUAUCCUUAUAUCCAAGCAGAUCUUUAAUUCUGUAUCUUCUUCUUCUUCUUCAUCGCUGAUUUCAAUCAAAAGCCGUCUCUUGUCUGCAAAUAACUCGACAAUGGAUUACGACUACAGGAAUAAGUUUGGGGCCUCCUACGCUCGGCCUAUGUACGGACCUCCCUCUAUAUCUCCUUCUCCACCAUCUACCCACCCUAUGUACGGAUACCCCAAUAUCGGCCAACAAAGCGGUCACGGCCACCAAUUUUUCCCUCCGCCGGAGAGAAAUCAAUCGUUUCAACACAACUCUUCUCCGUCCCCUUUUUCUUCUUCAUCUGGAUUAGGGAUCAAGGUGACUCUGAAGCCUGAGUAUCGUAUUACUCCUCCGCCUCAGUUGUUGCCUCGAGCUGGAGAUAUUCCUCGUAGCGGUUUUCAGUUCGAUUUCUGUCUGGAGAGGGCAGUCCUUGCGGAGGCUGAGAAAGACAACCCUGACUGGAGCAAGUUUGGCUCCGACAUUCCUCCACCGUCUAACUUUCCACAACCACCACCAGUACCUUCAAUGGGUGUGGAUCCUCUAGUGAUGAAGUAUACUGCGUCUGGGCUUAACCGAGAAGCUGUCAACAUUGCGGUUGCAAACUAUGGUGAUAAUCCCACAAAGGUUCAGGAAUUUGCAAAUGGGUUCGCAGCGAUGCGGGAGAUGGGGUUUCCAACAAACGCUGUUGCAGAAGCUCUCUUCAUGUUUGACAACGACACUGACAAAGCUUUGUCACAUUUGCUCCAUGGUUCUUCUUGAACUUGCUUUACAGUAUUUUCUUCUAUUUUUUACAUAAAGUAAACAUCAGGAUUUGACUAACAUAAAGAUUGAAAAAGUACACAUUUUUUUUUACUGUGUAAAUGGAUGAUUUGUUUUGGGCAAGUGAAAAUGUAUAAUUUUCACUGCUCCCAUUUUAAAGGAACUGAUGAUUAGAUA